UCUCUCUCUCUCUCUCUCUCUCUCUGCGGCCAUUGUUGUGACCUUCAGCUCAUCGAUCGAAGUCUCACGACCUCUUCUUCCUCGUCCGUACAAUCUCAGCUUCCCACAAUGCUCGGCCGUCUCGCUGCGAAGCGGCUUCAGGAGAUCCGCCAUGUCUUUCGCCAGUCUCCUCCUCAGCAGGCGGCGCGGUCCUUCUCCACUGCUCUGAACUACCACUUGGAUACGCCGGAUAACAAUCCCGACCGUCCGUGGGAGUUCUCUGAUAAGAACAGAGAGAAGGUCAAGGAAAUUUUGUCUCACUAUCCAUCCAAUUACAAGCAAUCUGCUGUAAUCCCGCUUCUUGAUCUUGCGCAGCAGCAGCAUGGAGGUUGGCUCCCAGUUUCUGCGAUGAAUGCGGUCGCUAAGAUUGUAGAAGUUGCUCCGAUCCGUGUCUAUGAGGUUGCAACUUUCUAUUCGAUGUUCAACCGAACAAAGGUGGGCAAGUACCACCUGCUGGUUUGUGGAACAACCCCUUGUAUGAUACGUGGUUCUCGAGACAUUGAAGCAGCUUUGCUGAUACACUUGGGAGUUAAACGCAAUGAAGUGACAAAGGAUGGUUUAUUCUCUGUUGGGGAAAUGGAAUGCAUGGGAUGCUGUGUAAAUGCUCCCAUGAUCACUGUGGCUGAUUACUCUAAUGGCUCUGAAGGAUACACCUACAAUUAUUAUGAAGAUGUUACUCCACAGAAGGUUGUCGAGAUUGUUGAAGCACUUAGAAGAGGGGAAAAGCCUCCGCAUGGGACUCAAAACCCGAAACGCAUUAUGAGCGGACCAGAAGGAGGGAACACGACACUGCUAACGGACCCGAAGCCGCCGCCAUGCCGGGAUCUUGAUGCCUGCUAAAACAAAAUCCAAACACUCGAGGUGAUUUGUUUCGAAUAAUGCAAGGCAUAGAUGUCAGCUUGUUCUUGAUUCAAAUUUCAGUGAUAUCUUCUUGUAUUGCCCACCAGUGGUUUCGGUGGAUAACUUUUGUUUCAUACAUAAUCUCAAGUUACGUAUUGUUUCCCGCACUGGUACCUUGUAAUCGAAUCAGAUCGUUUCCUCCUUUGCUGUGAACUUCUCAAUUAAAUUAAUGGGUGGCCAUCCAUUAACAUCCA